UCCGCAUUCAUCAAACCAUUAUAACCAUCAUCUCCAGCAUCUCCAUGAUCAUGGCCUCCUUGAAUUUGGUCGACGCCGUUCACCACGUGCAAUGUCACGGGUUCAGGGUCUGGACCUCCUCCUCGCCUCGAACCGUCAGAAGCAAAAACGGCGUAGUCUGAUGAUCUGCAUGGCGUGCGCCCGCACAUCAUAGUUGGCGAUAUUGGCAAGACACCUUUUGCAGUGGCACUCCGCUAUACUACCGCGACUACCGAACGUACACAACAAACCUCCGCCUCGGACUCACACCUUGCCGGGGCUAUGUUGACGGCGUGGCGCCAGAAACACAACUAGAGCGGUGAUCACCCGCAUCACAUAUUCGUCAUUUCCUGGGCGAUUGUUGUGGCCUCCAUCUCCUCUGAAUCACGUUACAAGAUUGCGGGCAACGGGCGAGCCUUGGGCUUGGCGAGGUACCAUCGUGGAUGCGACGAGAUACCGCCUGCUCUUCGUCGCGAUAUGGGAACUUCAGCAACCGGCAGGUCUUUCAAAUGCGUCGUGUGACGUGAAAUAUUCACUAUGGGGGCCCUUCACGAUGAAGAGAAGUCCGUUCAAUCUUUUUCCAACGACAGUUACACGUAUACAGCAGACAGUCGAGGUUCAAUAUCAGAGACUAUUCAACAUGGCCAGCAGGAUGGAUCUGAGACUGUUCAAAAUGGCCAACAAGACGGCAACAGUCGACCGGCAUGCUUCAAGUCCACGACACAAGAGAUCUUCUUCGUGCUGUCCGCGACCAUGGCAAUUGCAAUGUCGUCGCUACUCCAAGGCUCCGUGACAGUCACCUCAUCUUCGAUAGGAAGCGAUCUGGACAUGAGCACAGCAGAAAUCACAUGGAUCACAGCAGCAAAUUCGCUCAGCGCAGGCGCCUUUCUACUACUCUUCGCCAAACUAGCAGACCUUUUCGGCCGACGACUUCUCUUUGUCGUGUCUCUGUUACUAUUCUCCAUCUUCGCUCUUGGCGCUGGUUUCGCGAAUGAGGGCAUCACACUCGAUAUUUUAAAUGGUGUCCUAGGACUCUUCAACGCCAGCGCAGUUCCUGCAGCACAAGGUCUGCUGAGCUUGUCGUAUCCCACCUCGAGCAAAAGGCGCAACUAUGCCUUUGCUUGCUUCGCAGCAGGAAACCCUCUAGGCUUCGCCUUCGGAGCGAUCUUUGGCGGCGUGGCGGCGACAAUUUUCAACUGGCGAGCGUCCUUCUGGCUCAUCGCUAUCGUCUUCUUUGUCUUUACAAUCAUUGGCGCGAUUACGAUUCCGCGAGAUCCAGAGGCCAAGAAGGAACUGAACAGGGACACUUUGAAGCACUUUGAUCUCGUGGGCGUCUUUUGCGUGGUCUUCGGCAUUGGCAUGUUCAGCGCAUCUCUGAGUCUCGGCGAUACUGCGCCGCAGGGCUGGACGACCAACUAUGUCCUUGCUCUGCUCAUCCUCGGAGCACUCCUUCUCGUUGCCUUUGUUCUCUGGGACAUCUGGAUUGGAGACGAAUAUGCACUCGUACCCAUGAGCAUCUGGAAGGACCGAGAUUUCACGUUAGCACUCUCAAUCCUCUCCCUUGGCUUCCUGGCCUUCACACCGGGAACGUUCUUCUACGCCCUCUACCUGCAAAAUAUCUGGGAAUUCUCGCCUAUUAUGGUCGCCGUCCAUCUACUACCCAUGUUCAUUGUUGGCCUCGUUGCCAAUACCGUCGCCGGCCUCAUCCUACAUCGCGUCUCGAACAAGCUUCUCAUGCUGAUUGGCGCGGCCUGCUAUACAAUCGCCUUCCUGCUCCUGGCCUUGAACCGAAGAUCCAGCAGCUACUGGGCAUUCGCAUUCCCAGCACAAGUCCUCAUCGUCAUCGCCGCAGACGUACAGUUCAAUGUCUGCAACAUGCUUGUCAUGACAAGCUUACCAAAAUCUCAUCAAAGCGUCGCAGGAGGCAUCUUCCAGACUGCUGUACGAUUGACAGCUGUCGUCGGUUUCGGCGUCGCAACUGCUGUUUUCAACGCCGUCGAGGCUAACCCACGACUAUCUGGAUUCUGGGACGAAGAGACACAACCCUAUACAGCUGUAUUCUGGGUCUCGAUGGCACACUCCGCACUCAGCAUGUGUUUGGUGCCUUUUCUCACUUUAGGAACUCAAGGCGGAGACGAGAAGGAUAGCGUGAUCACUGCCGACGAAUCGUCCAGCCAGAUGAAGAGCUGAACACCGGCCUGACUGGGAUUAACGCACCGAAGAAACCUCUUGUGGGAGACCGCCUUUCACAGACUAGCUGCAGCAUCAAGUCUGUCGCGAACUACAACGACAAUAUCUCGCGAUCCAUACAUCUCUGUCCACCGACCAUCAAGUCAGUCAAUACGCGAAACAGCCACACUCCAUGACAAUAAUAGAAGGAAGGCCACCGCAUUGAUGCAAGCAGACUUGAGGUUCAGAUCAGCCAUAUGUGCCAGUCGAUCAGCCACAUGCGAGCACUAAAGUCGAUGAUCGGAAAACAAGUACUUCUCAUGGCCUUCACUGAUACCUGGUCGACUCAGGUUGUUCGCUUCGCACUGUUACAGACCAUUGCUGGGGUCGGAGUAACAUUUGAUGUUCGCCGAAAGAGGUUGGGACAUCAAUCCUGCCAGUGGGAGAGAAGGUGAGAUUGAAGGCGGAGGGAGCCAAAGACCUGGCACGGUACAGCCUGUCUCGCUCAUAUCAUGUCGCAAGUCGAUCUGAAAUAUUCCCUGAUCGUCAAGACACCAAAUUUCAGAGUCUACAGAACUUACGUCAACACUCUCCUGCUGUUUCAACC